UACCACCUUUUAUUUCCUAGAUCCGAGAAACCGGACCAUGGGCUCUGCGUGGUAGUUGUCUCUCUCUGAUCCUUAACUGCCCACGUAGUCAUCACUUUCACCAUUCUCUUCUCUUUCUCUCAUCAAAUCCAUUCAUUAAUAAACCCGGCCCAACUCCUCUUCUCGACUCACUACUAAAUACUAAUCAAUUAAGCCUACGUUCCCAAGUUUUCUUUCCUUAACCAUCUCAAUUAUCUCUCUCAACUCUCAACCCCACCACAGCUCCACCACCAUUUUUUCUUCUUCUAUAUAAACAAAAUCGAUCCCACUGUCGUUUCCAUUACAAAAUCACACAAAAACGACACUUGUUGAUUAAGAAAACAAUAAUUAUAAUGGCGGAGGUGGUGAACCAGAGAGUGCAAUCCAUAGCAGCUGCUAACAUUGCUCUAUCCAAAGACACAAUCCCUGUCGAGUUCAUCAUGCCAGUGGAGGAACAGCCUAGCGUCACCACCUUCAAAGGACCCAUCCCUGAAAUUCCCACCGUUGAUCUGAGUGACCCGGAUGAGGAGAACCGGGUCCGGUCCAUCGUGGGGGCUGCCAAGGACUGGGGUUUCUUCCAAGUGGUGAACCAUAAGAUACCGCCUGAGAUGAUCAGGCAGUUGCAGAGCGUGGGGGAAGAGUUCUUCGAGCUUCCACCGGAGGAGAAGGAAGCGUACGCGCGGCCACCUGGCGCCAUAUCCAUCGAAGGCUAUGGAUCAAAGAUAUCUAAGGGUUCCAAAUCUUGGGCUGAUCAUCUCUUUCAUAAGAUAUGGCCUCCCUCCUCCAUUAACUACCAGUUUUGGCCCAAAAAUCCUCCCUCUUACAGGGAGGUGAAUGAAAAGUAUGCCAAGUACGUAAAAGAAGUGGCAGAUGAGAUUUUCAGGAGUCUGUCAUUAGGGUUAAGGUUGAAAGAGAGAGCCAUGGUAGAAGCAGUUGGAGGAGAAGACAUUGAAUAUAUGAUGAAGAUUAAUUACUACCCUCCAUGCCCUCGUCCUGACCUUGCUCUUGGAGUUCAGGCUCACACUGACUUGUCCUCUCUCACCAUUCUGGUCCCCAACGAUGUGCCUGGUCUUCAAGUUUUCCAGGACAACCAUUGGAUCGAUGUACAGUACAUCCCUAAUGCCCUGGUCAUUCAUAUUGGUGAUCAAGCUCAGAUUGCAAGCAAUGGGUUCUACAAGAGCGUUCUGCAUCGGACCACAGUGAACAAGGAGAAAGUAAGGAUGUCGUGGCCAGUGUUCUUGGAGCCACCUUCUGAGUUCGUGGUUGGACCCAUACCUGAGUUGCUGAGCCAAGACAACCCUCCAAAGUUCAAGACCAAAGUGUUCAAGGAUUAUGCCUACUGCAAACUCAACAAGCUUCCCCAGUGAUCGAUACACAUAUAUAUAAUAUUAGAUUAUUAAUCAAAUAAGGAAAUAUACCGUUUUGGUCCCCCUUUUUUAUCCAAAAGACCAUAUAUUCCUUCCUGCUUUCACUAAUACUAUAAUGGUAUCCUCAAUUUAUUUUUAGUAAAAAUUAUUUUAUAACUUUAUUUAUGAAUAUAAGUGAGGAGUAAAAGUAUUUUUGAAAAAAUAACUUUUGACCAAAAUUAUCUUUAAGGUGCUAUUUUAGUAUUUAUGAAAAUCAAGAGACAUAUAUGUUAUUUUGCAUAAACCUAUGGGACUAAAAUGUUAUAUUUAUCAAAUAAAAUAAGAAUGUAUUACAUCUGUUGUUAUUAUUUAUAUAAUUCCACUAUAUAUGUGUCAUGUGUUAAUGUACUAGAGUUAAAUUGUAAUAAUAUUGACUUUAAAAUCAAUGCAUUUAUGCUUUUUAGUGGUAUAA